AGAUCAGCUGAUUACGUGGCAAACGUCAGAGAGAAGACUGUCUCAUGUUCAGAAAUACGGGCAAGUCCAUUAAGCGGCAAGUGCGCAUAGAAGAACGCUCGAAACGCGAGUGAUCGUUUUUUAGAAUUCCCCCAAAAGAUGACCGACAGUGAGAGACUUCUUGGGACUCUUCUGAAAACUUCUGAGAAGGCCGCAAACAUCGCUCGAGUCUGUAGACAGAAUGAGGCCCUCUUUCAACUGCUGAUUCAGGAGAAAUCCGAGGAGGAAAAGAAUCCGCGAUUUUUCCACGACUUCAAGACUCUCGCUGACGUUCUCAUUCAAGAGACUAUCAAACAUGACAUUGGGCUGGAGUUUCCACAGUUAGCGAAGAGAGUAAGAGGCGAGGAGACUAAUGUAUUCUCUAAUACCCUGGGUACCACAGUCACUGUCGAGGUGAAGCCUACGCAGACAGAAACAGAGAAUUUGCUGGCAGAAAUUCUGGAUAACAAUACAACGACUGCCGAAGUUCUUGCAAAAGAGAUCCAUCGAGAAAUCGAUAUCUCCGAAAUUCCAGUCGAUACUGGUAUCGACGAUCUUAUCUUUAAUAUCGAUGUCGAGGAUCUGGCAAUUUGGGUUGAUCCCAUCGACGCUACAGCUGAUUACAUAAGUGGAAAUAAUGUUGUUGACGAAACAACAAAUUUGCACACGAGUGGUUUACGUUGUGUCACUGUACUUAUUGGUGCAUAUUCAAGGUCAAGUGGAGAUCCUAUUUUAGGGGUGAUAAAUCAGCCCUUCUACACGUGCGAGGAUUCCCAGUGGAAGGGCCACUGCUACUGGGGUUAUUACAACAACGAGAUAUCUCAGUUUUCAUUUUCAAAGCCUGAAAGAGUCACCAACACGAUUCUGGUGAGUCGAUGCGAAGACCCGACCAUCAGAUCAAAACUCGAGGACAAAGGCUACCGCUUGAUGGAGGUUUCUGGUGUUGGAUAUAAAAUUCUGAGUGUUGCCACUGGUCUCGCAGAUGCUUAUAUCCUCUCCAAGGGUUCUACAUUCAAGUGGGACACGUGUGGACCUCAAGCACUCCUUAAUUCAGUAGGAGGUAGCAUCUUUGACUUCAAUAAAUACACAUAUGCCACAUCAGAUCUUGAUCUCAAAUAUCACCUGAAGGAAGAAAAUCACGCGAAUCGCGGGGGAUUGUUCGCCUUCAACAACCUUUUCACACUCUUUCGAAUCUCUUCCAUUGGUUUUCCAUGAAUUUUCCGGUCACCGGGUCGGGAAAGUGCUAUAAAAAAUUUUUUAUUGAUGUUAUUUUAAAUAAGAAAUAUGUACUUUAUUAUAAUCCACUUCCAGAGUGGGAAUUACUGUGGUUUUAUGUACAUUAACAGCUCUCACAGUGAAGUUUACACUUAAUUCCAAUGAAUACUAUUUUUUAAUUAUUAAUUCCAAGGAUCAUUAGUGCUUGUUCAUUUGUGGGAUUUUUUUUUGUUCUUUGGGCUCGUAUAGUAUUAUAUACAGAUGUUUCUUGAAAAUUGGAUCUUCCAAUUGAACUCCAACAUUUAACAUUUUUUUGACAUUUAUAAAUAGUUAAAUUGCAAUCAUUAAGAUUGUCCAGUCUUAAUUGUUAAACUGUGAGAUCAACAUUGAAUAUUUCACUCACAUAUUAUUCUCUGUUCUUCAAAUGAAUUAUCAGACUUUCCUGUGAUGAGCCUUUGGAAUUUGUAAUUGAGAAAAUUUUACAUCU